AUGAGCUUGCAUGUUAGUCUGGGGAGUGUGGAGCGGUUUCGAGCCCAUCGGGCCCGGAGGCAGCUGCCUGAGCCGCAGCUCAUCCAGGACCGCUGCGCGGCGCUGGCCGCGGCGGUGCGCCAAAAGCUCGCCGAAGGUGAGGAAGAGCUGCAACAACAGCUACAGGACCAGCGUGAGCAGCUGCAGGCCUUGCAAAUGCAGCAGCAGAUGCGCUUCAAGCUGGCGCUGGACUGCCGGGUGAAGGCGCAGGAGUACUCGCUGAGCAAGCGGCACAACGAGCAGCUCAUGCAGCUGCAGCAGCACUCCCAAGCACGGCGAGCGCAGUUGGAGCAGCAGGCCACCUCCCUGAUCCUGGAGUUUCAGCAGCGCAAGUUGCAGGAGGAGUUUUUGGUCCAUCAGAAGGAGAUCCACGAACAGCACCAGGACGCCCAGCACAGGCAGGACUCGGACUCCAGCCAAAUUCUGCCCGUGCCGGGCGGCAGGCUGGCCAUGGAACUGAAGAAGCUGGGCGCAGGACGGGCCUGA